UAACAUUUAGAUUUUUUACUGAUGAUACUUGUUUACAUUUUUACAACAUCUCAAAUAUUUGUGAUCAAAGUUGUUUAAAUGCCAUUACAUUUGAACUUUUUUACAUGAACUUUGCCAUAAUAGUUGAUUUUUGGAAUUGUUAAAGUUGUUUUAAUGUCAUAAUGCUUAAUACAGAGGUGAAAACUGAUUUAAAAAUAAAUCAAUAAAAAGACUCACCCAAACUGUCAGAAAUUCAUGAGUGUAAACACAAACCGUAAUUGUGUCCACUUUUUUACAGAAGUUGUAUAUCUGAAUUCAUGGUUGUGAUGCUCCUCCCAUGCUAACGUACACACUUUUUCGAAGAAAAUCCUUCUGCUUGAGAGUUCUGUUUUUCUCAGCUUCCACAAAAGGGAAGUGAGUUUUGCUGAGGCAGGUUUUCUAGCUCAGUGGUUAGAUGUAUAGCAGACUCGAGUGGACAGAGAGGGAAUCAUGAACGCUACGGCUCAUUUUCAGGAGGAUGAGGAGACCGAGCUAGGCUUGGUGGGUGCCUGUGUGAUCCUAGGGGUGUGUUUCCUGGUGGGCACACCUGGGAACCUGCUGGUGGUGUGGACCAUCGUGAAGCACGUGAAGCAGCGUUCACAUACAGUGCUUCUCAUCCUCCACCUGGCAGUCGCAGAUCUUCUGGUGCUGGUCACUCUGCCGCUGUGGAUCUACUCGCUGGCCCACUCCUGGGUGUUUGGAGAGGCUGCCUGCAAAGCCAUGGUGUACAUCAUCUAUGCCUGUAUGUACACCAGCGUCUUCAUCAUCACCGUCAUGAGUGUGGAGCGCUUCAUGGCUGUCAGAUACCCCAUUGCCUCACUCGGCUGGAGGAGGAAACAAACACUAAACAAGGUACUUCUAAUGAUAUGGAUGGCUUCAUUUCUCCUCAGUAUUCCCGUCAUUCUAACUCACACUUUGGGAGAAGUUAACAGACAAAAUCAAUGUCUGUUUAGGAAGUAUGAAAAUGAUGCCCAGGAGGCCGUGUUGCUCAUUGUAGAGACUCUUAUAGGCUUCAUCCUCCCUCUUUUCACUCUGUUAGUCUGUUAUGGCUGCCUUUUCAGUCGCAUAGCGCAGAUGAACUUCAAGUCCAAGCGUAAGUCGACGGUUCUCAUCUGCAGUGUGGUGGUGAUGUUCGCUCUCUGCUGGAUUCCUCAUCAUGUGGGGAACCUUCUUUUCCUCAUCUCGCUCGCUCUCAAGCCUUCAAACCCCAACAUGGCGGAAGGUUUGGAGGAAGCCUGCACCACAAUGAACAUUAUAGCAGGAGCCCUGGCGUUCAUCAGUAACUCAGUCAAUCCAGUGCUUUAUGUGUUUGCCGCGCGUACCUUCCGCAGCUCGCUUCGGGAAACUGGAAUACAGAAGCUCUUCCAGCAUCUGUCCAGUGCAGUGUCAGGUGAAGGGAAUAAAGAGUUAUCAUUUGUGUCCAAAAGACAGAGUUCACACACCACCAACUCAGAGUGUCUCACGGACUCAAAAGUGCCUGUAGAUGUGGCUAUGGAAUCAUGCAUCAGUACCUCAGACUGACUCUGUAAGAAGCUAUAAAGCCAGGAACUCAAUAACAAUAUUAACCAUGACAAGGGUUAUUUCUCCAAAAAGAGUUCUUGAA